AUGGGCAGGAACCCUGACAUGUGGUACCAGCGUGGCCUUGAGAAAGGCAAAGAGGACGGCUACAAGUUGGGCUGGGACGAAGGCAACAAGCAUGGCCACGACAAGGGCUACGCAGAUGGACUCCAGAGAGGUUGGUGGAAAGGCUACAACAAGAGGAAGGACGAGGAGGAUGGCAGGUUGGAUUUACCGUGGCGUACAGGGCCGCGUCCAUGGAAUCGUGCGCCGGACGACGGCCAGGACGGCAAGGGCCAGGACGGCAAGGGCAAGGGCAAAGGUGCAGGCAAGCCCUCGAAGCCCGACGACGCAGCGAGAAAGGCCGUGGCCGUCAAGACCGACGCAGCCGUUGCAAAAGCCAGGACCUCUAUGGUGGAAGUUAUGAAUUUGGUGCAGACGGCCGCCGACGCUAAGCGGAAGGAAGCAGACCAGAAGGCGGCCAACAAGGAGAAGAAAGAACGGGAAGCAGCCCAGAAGAGCGUCGACAAGGAGAGGAAGACCGUCGACAAGAAGAACGAAAAGGAGAGGCAGACCGUUGACAAGAAGAACGAUAGAAAGGAGACCGCGUCAGCUUCAGAUUCAAUGUCAAAGACAAAACAAGCCAAGGAAGCAGCCCAGCAGGCCGUCGACAAGGAGAAGAAAGGGGAACCAGCCCAGAAGACCGUCCAGAAGGAGAGGAAGACCGUCGACAAGAAGAAGGCCCCGCCCGAGUCCGCCGACAAG